GCUGGGGCUGGUCUUUCGUGGCCUGCUCUUGACCUUUCGUGGCCUGCUCUUGGCCUUUCGUGGCCUGCUCCUGGCCUUUCGUGGCCUGCUCCUGGCCUUUCGUGGCCUGCUCCUGGCCUUUCGUGGCCUGCUCCUGGCCUUUCGUGGCCUGCUCCUGGCCUUUCGUGGCCUGCUCCUGGCCUUUCGUGGCCUGCUCCUGGUGGCCUGCUCCUGGUGGCCUCCUUUCGUGGCCUGCUCCUGGCCUUUCGUGGCCUGCUCCUGGCCUUUCGUGGCCUGCUCCUGGCCUUUCGUGGCCUGCUCCUGGCCUUUCGUGGCCUGCUCCUGGCCUUUCGUGGCCUGCUCCCUUUCGUGGCCUGCUCCUGGCCUUUCGUGGCCUGCUCCUGGCCUUUCGUGGCCUGCUCCUGGCCUUUCGUGGCCUGCUCCUGGCUUUCGUGGCCUGCUCCUGGCCUUUCGUGGCCUGCUACUGGCCUUUCGUGGCCUGCUCCUGGCCUUUCGUGGCUUGCUCCUGGCCUUUCGUGGCCUGCUCCUCGCCUUUCGCGGCCUGCUCCUGGCCUUUCGUGGCCUGCUCCUGGCCUUUCGUGGCCUGCUCCUGGCCUUUCGUGGCCUGCUUCUGGCCUUUCGUGGCCUGCUCCUGGCCUUUCGUGGCCUGCUCCUGGCCUUUCGUGGCCUGCUCCUGGCCUUUCGGCCUGCUCCUGGCCUUUCGUGGCCUGCUCCUGGCCUUUCGUGGCCUGCUCCUGGCCUUUCGUGGCCUGCUCCUGACCUUUCGUGGCCUGCUCCUGGCCUUUCGUGGCCUGCUCCUGGCCUUUCGUGGCCUGCCUGGCCUGUGCCUGCUUCCUUUCGUGGCCUGCUCCUGGCCUUUCGUGGCCUGGUCCUGGCCUUUCGUGGCCUGCUCCUGGCCUUUCGUGGCCUGCUCCUGGCCUUUCGUGGCCUGCUCUUGGCCUUUCGUGGCCUGCUCCUGGCCUUUCGUGCCUUUCGUGGCCUGCUCCUGGCCUUUCGUGGCCUGCUCCUGGCCUUUCGUGGCCUGCUCCUGGCCUUUCGUGGCCUGCUCCUGGCCUUUCGUGGCCUGCUCCUGGCCUUUCGUGGCCUGCUCCUGGCCUUUCGUGGCCUGCUCCUGGUGGCCUGCUCCUGGCGUGGCCUGCUCCUGGCCUUUCGUGGCCUGCUCCUGGCCUUUCGUGGCCUGCUCCUGGCCUUUCGUGGCCUGCUCCUGCCUUUCGUGGCCU